UCUAUUAGGAAUCCCUGAAUGCUCCAAGUGUACAAACUUUUACCAAUAACUUGCAAAACUCCAUUGCUGAGAGGUUGACAUGUCUAAUGUCACUUACCGAAGCUGAGCCUACCGGUGGUAGGUGAUCUUUACCACCCAUCCGCACGUUCACUUGCUUAACGAGGCUCCACGAAUCGGCUCUACCUACUUCCUCAGUUCAUUCGUAUUUGAUUUGUGUUUUUCACACCCUUGACCUCCCUCGCCGGCGACCCAUCAGAAAGCACACUAUUCGCCGGUUAGAAGCAAAGAAGCCAAAUGGGGUUCUACGCAGCUUUGAUGGAUGCCAUCCACGCCUACACCGGCCUUUCGCCGGCUGCUUUCUUCACCAUCCUAGCUCUCUCGGUGAUGGUCUACAAGACGGUGUGCGGCAUGUUCGUCGGACCCGACGAGUUCAACACUCCCCCUACCGUCAACGGCGUCGGCGUCCUCCCUCCGAGCCUGACGGACCAUCCGCCGGUUUCCGAUCCGGUCCAGCUGGGGGAUGUCACCGAGGAAGAACUGCGAGCUUACAACGGCUCCGAUCCAAGUAAGCCACUUCUGAUGGCAAUCCAGGGCCAGAUUUACGACGUUUCCCGUUCCAGGAUGUUCUACGGGCCAGGGGGUCCGUACGGAAUCUUCGCCGGUAGAGAAGCGGCGAGAGCUUUGGCGCUCUUGUCAUUUGACCCUCGUGAUCUGACGGCGGAUCUUGAAGGCCUGGGCGCCUCCGAGCUUGAAGUUCUUCAGGAUUGGGAGGACAAGUUCGUUGAGAAAUAUGCUAAGGUGGGGCAGAUUGUGUCCAAGCGAAAUGAUCAGCAAUCUGUGGCUGACAUCGGAGGAGGUAAAGCUGUGGAAGAAAGUGAGGAACUUGAAGCCAAAAAGGAGCUGUAGAAGAUGGAAGGUUGGAAGGAAGUAAGUAGUUUUUACUAGACUACAGAGCUUAUAGGCUAAAUUGUUUAGGACAAGAUGGAAGCUUGGAUUAGAAAGAACAUAGAAUUAAGCUUACUUGCAGAAAGAGAAUCAGAGCUUAAAGGAAGCUCACAGUUUCUUGUGUUCAAAAGCUUGUUGUUUGUUGGAGCAAAGAAAGGAAGAGGAACGCUAUGAAAAUGCUGAAUUUGUGCCUAUAAUCUAUGUACUUGUAUCAAAUC